AUGUCAAAAGGGUGUGGUUUCUUCGAAUACAUUGCCUCAGAAAGCGCCGAUUUAGCUUGUCUGGGUCUUCAGAACCACCCAGCUGGUGGAGGAAAGUUCUUUGCCAUUCGGGCAGAUUACCUUUUAACAGCGCCCCCUCCAACUUCUCUAUCGUCUUUGCUCAGCAACCAGGCUUCUAACUCUUCUUCAUUAAUUCCCAAUUCCCAGAUUAACACACCAUCUAAAAUUCUUUGUCUUGCCAAUAUGGUGUCUCCAAAAGACAUCGAUACCCCAGAAGAUUAUGCCGAGGUUUUGGAGGAUGUCCGAACGGAAUGUCGCCGACAUGGAGCCGUCGUCUCAAUUCACUUGCCUCAACCCAAAUCAGGCGUUUAUCCACUCACAAACUCCUGUAAAAUUUUCGUCGAGUUUGCCAAUGUGCAACAAGCUCAGGCAGCCGGUUUAGCUUUAGGAGGUAGAAAGUACAAUGGUCGAAUAGUGUCGACAAGUUUCUGCGAUCCAGCUAAAUAUGCGGCUGGAGAGUUUGGUUGA